CCUUUCGAAAUCGUAAAAUGGGCUCUCGAUGAAUCAUGAAUUCUAGAAUAUUGUCGAUUGUCGCCAACAUUCCCAUUUGGUCCGUGAAUAACUAAACAGUUAUUGAAAUAGUUUUCUUCUACUACGUUUCAGCGAAACAAUAUAAAUAUUUGAGUUUACUGAAUGCACUUAUAUUGUGCAUUCCUACAAUUUCAUCGUAAAUCAAGUGCAAAUAUUUUCGUCAAUUAUUAUCUGAACGGAAGCUUCAAAUAACGUGUGAACAUCGAUGAGGUUUCACAAUGAGAGCUUUUCUAGUACCUACAAUGUUACUCGUGUUGACUAUUCUGCUACUCGCGAAAGAUCUACAUGCGAGAUUAAUCGAUGUUGAUCAGCAGUCUAAUCCAGUGGUCGCUACCAAGAAUGGGAUAGUUCUAGGUGAAAAAUUGAAGGUUGAAGGUGCAGAAUUUCCAUAUUACGGCUUCCAAGGCAUCCCUUACGCUGAACCACCGAUUGGGGAUAAAAGGUUUCUGCCACCGCAAGCGAAGAAAGGAUGGAAGGGGAUCUUGAACGCAACCAAAGACAUUCCAGCGUGUAUGCAAACAGUUCUUCCAACCUCCAACAUGACUGUGUCCGAGGAUUGUCUGGUUUUGAACGUUUAUACCCCGAAUCUACAUGGAUCUCUUCCUGUUAUGGUUUAUAUUUAUGGUGGAGCGUUCGUUGCUGGAUCUGCAUCCAGGCAGACUUAUGGUCCGGAUUACUUGAUUCAAGAAAAUGUCGUCUUGGUUCUUCCGAAUUAUCGCCUUGGUAUAUUUGGUUUUCUCAGCACGGAGGACCUGGUAGUGCCGGGAAACAACGGCCUCAAGGACCAGAUCAUGGCUUUGGCGUGGGUCAGGGAGAAUAUAGGGACGUUCGGUGGUGAUCCGAACAGAGUCACCAUUUUCGGAGAGAGCGCAGGGUCGGCCUCGGUUUCGUUGCUCCUCCAAGCCAAGAUGGCGGAAGGUCUGUUUCACGCAGCCAUAAUGGAGAGCGGGGUGAGCUUGAGCCUGUUUUCAAGGACGAGGAACCCUUUGAAAAUCGCAAAAACAACAGCCGAAUUAUUAAAGAUCGAGGCUAAUACUACAGGGGAGCUCGUGAAGGGACUGAGAGCUGUUGGCGCUGCAGCACUUCAAGAAGCUUCUUUCAAGAGCAUGUUGAAGGUGUCCUUGCUUGGGAACCCCCUCAACGGACUCUACUUCUCGCCAUCAAUCGAACCGAAGCAUGAAGGAGCCGUUUUGUCGGAAUACAGUCACGAAGGGCUGAAGAAGGGCCACUACGCCAAAGUUCCAAUCAUCGUUGGGUUCAAUUCGGCCGAAGGAAAUCCUUUCGAGACAGCUGUGACUGAUAUACCACUUUUCCUGGCAAGAUACGACCUAGACAACGGCCUUCUUGUACCCUCAAGUAUGAACGUUAAGGAGACGCUGAAGAAGAAAGUUGGCUCGGAAAUCAAGGUGCAUUACUUUGGAGAUAUCAGCGUGGCUCAUGGGGAAGGAAAUCUCAGCAGGCUCAUAACUGACGACCAAUUCAUCAGACCGACGGUGGAGUUGGUCCGCUUGGUGUCUCCAGUCAUACCAACUUAUUUAUACGAAUUUUCGUACGUGGGUAAUGCCUCUAUAGCACCGAGGAACCUUCCAGGUGUUGGACACGCUGAAGACGUGAAGUAUUUGUGGAACGUCGGGGAACCCCUGGACGAAAGGGACUCUGUGACGAGUAAGAAGCUGGUCAAACUCUGGACCAACUUCGCCAAAUACAGAAAUCCCACCCCUUCUAUCAAGCCUGGCCUUGAUAAUGUGGUCUGGAGACCUUCGAACAACUUGAUUUUUCCGUUCCUACAAAUAAAUACCACACUUCGCAUGGAGAAAAAUCCUCGAAAGAAAGAUUUGGAUUUUUGGUCACACCUGUUCAGUACUUACGGUACGCCACCCUAUGACACGUAUUGAAAAUCAGAAAGGAAUCAGAAAAAAUAAAGAAAUCCCAAGUAUU